CCUCCAUCCCACAACAUUAAUGUAAAAAAAAAAAAGGUUCAGUAUCCGACUCUUAGUUUUUAUUUAUUCUUUUUUUACAACAUAAAAAAAAUGUCAAGCAACAAAGCCAGAGAUUACGUCGAGUCGUAUGUGGGAGAAAGUGACGAUUACUUGAAGACAGAGCAACCUCGUUACGAUAGCAACAAGCCCAUGGCACAACCCCACACGGAAGCUUUGGAAGCAGAUCCACAACCCGAGCCAGUAAAAGCAUCCGAUCAUUACAAGCUUCAUUUACGUACCCAAAACCCCAUACCUUCCACAGAGAAAAACGAUACCCCCGCAACAACAACAGCAGCAACCACACAGACGACAAAUUUCAAGGAACAACGUAACGAGAUUCACGAGACGUCGUUAACGAUUUGUGCUGAUCUUCAUGAAGAGUUAUUUACUUGUUUUAAAGACGGUAGUUGGUGGGAUAAAGCUAAAAUG